GGUUCGUUCAUCUGCGAGCACAUUUAGUAAUGGAUUGGGAGCGUUGUUUCAGUUUGUUGGAAAAAUGCAAGCCCAACAGCGGAAAGAAAACGAUGUGGAUUCAAUUUUGAAGUGCCUCCAAUGUGGGAGAAAUUUCCAAACUAUGGAAAUGUUGAUUAGACUUAUGCAAGACACACAACACUUCAAUAAUCUUCCAAAAACAUACAGCUCACUUAUCCAGAUGGAGCGCCAAAAAGUUCUGAAUCUGAAACUCCAG